UCAUUUCUCUCUGUCUCUCAUUUUGUCCCCUUAUUAAAACCUAGAACUCCUCUCUCCUUCUCCGAUUUUGAUUAAAAUCCCAAUCCAUCUUGAUCUUUGAUCUUUUCCUUUUCUCCUUCCUACCUCCCCUCCGUGUGAUGGCUCGUCAUUCCCGGAGGGAGUCCUUUUCCGACAUUGCCGCCUCCGUGGUUUGUCCUGACACUGAUCUUCUCUGGCCAUUUGGGAAGCUCGACGGCCUUGAUCGAGAUGAGAUACGCGAGACCGCGUAUGAGAUAUUUUUCGCGGCUUGUCGGUCAUCACCUGGAUUCGGAGGCAGAACUGCUCUCACGUUCUACUCAAAGCACAAUGGUGGUGGUGACAAUGAAGGAGACGGUGUAGGAGGAGGAUCAGGAGGGUCCGCUAAGGGGUCAGGGUUCGGGUCAUUAGGGAGGAAAGAGGUGGUGACGACACCGACAAGCCGAGUGAAACGAGCAUUAGGGUUAAAAAUGCUUAAAAGAUCUCCGUCUAGGCGAAUGUCGCCAGCUGCGGGAGCCGUGUCUUCUCCUUCGUCCCCUGGUAAUGGAAGCAGCAUAGGAGGUGGCUCUUCGGGUCACAUUAGCCCCGGUGCUGGUUUCUCGACGGUCCCGCCUUCUAGGCCUAGACGACCGUUAACCUCUGCGGAGAUCAUGAGGCAACAAAUGAGGGUAACGGAACAAGGUGACACUCGGCUUCGGAAAACCCUAACGAGGACGCUUGUUGGUCAAACAGGUAAGCGAGCAGAGACGAUGAUCCUCCCCUUAGAGCUUCUCCGACACGUGAAAACGUCGGAGUUCAGUGACGCACAUGAGUAUCAGAUAUGGCAGAGACGUCAGCUCAAAGUCAUUGAAGCUGGUCUCCUCCUUCACCCGUCAAUCCCUCUCGAGAAAACCAACAACCUCGCAAUGCGUCUCCGAGAAGUCAUCCGCCAGAGCGAGACCAAACCCAUCGACACUGGAAAAACCUCAGAGACAAUGGCAACGCUCUGCAACGUCGUAAUAUCCUUGUCCUGCCGCAACACCACCGACGUAUGCCGCUGGGCUGAUGGAUACCCUCUCAACAUUCAUCUCUACAUAGCGCUGUUGCAGUCCGUUUUCGACGUUCGUGACGAGACGUUGGUUCUCGAUGAGAUCGAUGAGCUCUUGGAGCUGAUGAAGAAGACGUGGUCGAUGCUUGGAAUCACCCGUCCCGUGCAUAACUUGUGUUUCACUUGGGUUCUGUUCCAUCAGUACAUCGUGACCUCUCAGAUGGAGCCUGACUUGCUUGGUGCCUCUCACGCCAUGCUGGCUGAAGUGGCGAAUGACGCCAAGAAGUCUGAUCGGGACGCUCUCUACGUGAAGCUUUUGACGUCGACGUUGGCUUCUAUGCAGGGAUGGACGGAGAAAAGGUUGUUGAGCUACCAUGAGUAUUUCCAACGAGGGAACGUUGGAUUGAUCGAGAAUCUUCUGCCGUUAGCCUUGUCUUCGUCUAGGAUCGUGGGGGAGGACGUGACGAUAUCUCAAGGGAGUAGUAGUCAAGAGAAAGGUGAUGUGAUGCUGGUGGAUUGUUCAGGGGAGCGUGUUGAUUACUAUAUAAGAGCCUCUAUUAAAAACGCUUUCUCAAAGGUUACUGAGAGCAUGAAAGACAAAGUUUCAGAAACAGAGGAAGGAGAAGAAGCGGCGAAGAUGUUACUUCAGCUAGCCAAGGAGACAGAGAAUCUUGCAUUACGUGAGCGAGAGUGUUUCAGCCCUAUACUUAAAAGAUGGUAUACUGUCGCAGCUGGUGUGGCCUCGGUUUCGCUACACCAGUGUUACGGUUCGAUCUUGAUGCAGUACUUAGCUGGACGGUCGACUAUCACGAAAGAGACUGUUGAAGUUCUACAAACGGCGGGGAAGCUGGAGAAGAUUCUUGUGCAGAUGGUGGCGGAAGAUUCAGAAGAAUGUGAAGAUGGAGGGAAAGGUCUCGUUAGAGAGAUGGUUCCCUAUGAAGUCGAAUCGAUUAUAUUGCGUCUUUUAAAGCAGUGGAUUGAUGAGAAGUUGAAAACAGUUCGAGAAUGCUUGAGUAGGGCAAAGGAAGCUGAAACAUGGAACCCUAAAUCAAAAUCAGAACCAUAUGCUCAAUCUGCUGGAGAGCUGAUGAAGCUAGCUAAAGACGCGAUAGCGGAGUUUUUUGAGGUCCCUAUUGGUAUUACGGAUCUUGUUCAUGAUCUCGCUGAAGGGUUAGAACAACUCUUUCAAGAAUACACUACCUUCGUCGCAUCAUGCGGUUCGAAACAGAGUUACAUUCCUACACUCCCUCCUCUCACGAGAUGUAACAGAGACUCAAAGUUCGUGAAGCUUUUGAAGAAAGCAACGCCGUGUACUGCCUCCUCCGGUGAAGAUCUCAACAACCUAACCGGCGGCGACCACCACCCACGUCCCUCCACGAGCCGCGGCACUCAACGUCUCUACAUUCGCCUCAACACUCUACACUUCCUAAGCUCUCAGCUCCACUCUCUAAACAAAUCCCUCUCUCUAAACCCUAGCGUCCUCCCCGCCACGCGUAAACGCAACCGCGAAAGGACAACAAACUCAUCGUCCUCUUCUUACUUCGACUCCACGCAAGCGGGGAUCGAAACCGCCUCCACGCACGUCUCCGAGGUCGCAGCUUACAGACUAAUCUUCCUCGACUCGCACUCUGUUUUUCACGAGAGACUCUACGUGGGAGACGUCGCCAGCGCGAGGAUCAAACCGGCGCUACGGAUCUUGAAACAGAACCUGACGCUGAUGACGGCCAUCCUCGCGGACAGAGCGCAAGCGUCGGCGAUGAGAGAAGUCAUGAAGGCUUCUUUCGAGGCGGUUCUGACGGUUCUGCUGGCGGGAGGACACUCGCGAGUGUUCUACCGAAACGACCACGAGAUGAUCGAGGAAGACUUCGAGAGUCUGAAGAAGGUUUACUGCACGUGCGGGGAAGGGUUGAUACCGGAGGAGGUGGUGGAUAGAGAGGCGGAGACGGUGGAAGGAGUUAUACAGCUGAUGAGUCAGCCGACGGAGCAGCUCGUGGAAGAUUUUAGCAUCGUGACGUGCGAAGCGAGCGGGAUGGGGUUGGUGGGAGCGGGACAGAGGCUUCCUAUGCCUCCAACGACUGGGAGAUGGAACAGGUCGGAUCCGAACACGAUCUUGAGAGUUCUUUGUUAUAGAGAUGAUCGUGUUGCUAAUCGGUUUUUGAAGAAAUCGUUUCAAUUGGGUAGACGGAGAUGACAAAAUAGAAGUUUGAUCCGUUGUGUGUGAAUGACAAUUUCGAGAAACUAGUCAUUGCUUUGUCUGAUAGAUUUUUUUUUUCAGACAAAUGGAAGAACUCUUUUGCUUAUCUCAGUUGUUUAUAUUAGCCCUCAGAGUUU